AUGGAAGAAGCGGAAGGAAACAUAGCGCUUGCGAUAAUCGAGGAGGGCUCUGCUCUUGCGGGAACAUUCAAUAUCGCGGAUUUCGUGCCAUGGCUGAGCUACUGGGACCCGCAGCGCAUAUACGCGCGGACGAAGCGCCUCGUGCCGCAGCAGCACGGGUUCAUGCGCGCGUGCAUCGCGGAGCGACGCCAGCUCAUGCUGAAAAUGCGGACAGGGGUUGAAAAGCAGGAGGAGUUGAAAACGCGGAGAGGGAGACCUGUGGCUGAAAAGCCGGAGGACUCGUUGAAGGGACACGAAACGGCCCUUGUCGAUGCUUUGUUCGAGAUGGAAGGGGAGGGGGAGGAUCAAGUGGAUAAAGACGAGAUGCUGAUGCUUGCAAUUGAUAUGAUGAUGGCGGGUACUGAUACCACCUCCAAGACCGUGGAAUGGGCGCUUGCUGAGCUGGCGCAGCACCCCGACAUGCUGGAAAAGCUCCGUGCUGAGGUGGAUGUGGAGUAUGCCAGCCUGCUGCCCUUUGGUUCGGGCAGGCGCGGGUGCCUUGGGAUGAAUAUGGGAUUGGACCUCUCUGCUCGCCUGCUGGCGAAUUUCGUUCUGUGGUUUGAUUUUGAGCUGCCCGAAGAUGUUAGGGCAGCUGGAGGAGUGGACAUGACGGAAAAUUUUGGGUUGACCAUGGCUCUGGCAAAGCCACUCAGGCUUGUGGUGAGGGAGAGAAAGGCAGUGCCGGGGUUUGCAGGAAUGGCGGCAGUGGGUGUUACAGCCGUGACUGCAGUAGCCUGA